CACAGAGAGGGAAACCUGACGAGUAGAACUGACAUUGACCCGUUCUGCAGCCUGGUUGGUCACGCCAUGGAUCAAGAAACAUUGGGAUUAGAGGGCUAUGUCAGGGUCGGAGGAGGGGGUUAGGAUACCGGUAGAGGUGACUGGCGGCCACCAAUCCGUUCGUACUGGCUGGUGAUUGGCUCCGGAGAGGCUGUUCCACGUCACAUGCUGCUCACUGUGUCCCUUGGACAGGAAGCAUUAGGCGCUCUUUUCUUCUGUUAGAGAACCAUUUCUGUGACUGCAGGAAAUCAUCUGUUGCGGUGACAGGAGUGAGUGACUGGUUUCUGGGAGGCCACAUUGGAUAUUAUUAACCUCCGGUUAGAACCAGUGUGUUUCUCUGUUUCUCCAGCCUUCUGUCCCUAAAGGUGUAAGAGGCAUAUCUCACAGAAGGUCCCAGUUCAAGCAAGGAAAAAUAUGGAAAUCCUGCACUGUUUUUCUCAGGUCCCCAAAGAGCAGAAUGAGCCCAUAUUUUCUCAAAUGAAAAUGAAAUGUAGAAAAAGACCAAAGGAGGUGACCAACAACCAAGACCAAAGUUCACACGGGGAACAAAAAACUCGACAAGAUCAGACCACUCUCCCAAUUAAAAUUAUCAACAUCACCUUGGGGGUAAGCCCCGAGGCACAUAUGCACAUUCUCAUCGAUGCGGGGACAGGUCGCUUAUAUGAGGCACUCAACACCCUUGACCCUGUCAAAAGAGAGAUAGAAAGACAGCCAGGCAAAGAAAUGCUGGUGUGUGGCAAAGAAGGAAUAGAAGGGUACAUAAACCUCGGCAUGCCCCUCCGUUGUUUUCCAGAAGGGAGCCAUGUGGUCAUUACCUUUUCCAAAACUCAAAGUGAGGAGAAAGAAGAUAAUGAAGUGUGUGGCCGGUUUGACCAGUCUUCUGCUGAGUGUGUUGUAUUUUACAUUCAUGCAGUCGGGAAUAGGAUCCUGAGGUGCAGGGAACUUGACAAGGAGGGGAUCAAAGUCUGUGUGUAUGGCUUCAAAGGAGAGACCAUCAAGGCCACUCUGAGGAAGGAUGGCAGGUUUCAUUCCUUUGUGGAGAGUGACCAUUGGAAACUCAUCCACAAUGAUACCAUCAUAGCAAACACCCAGCUGGUUGAUGUAUUACAGGGUAAGGUCUUUCUGGUUGAGGUUGAAAGAAAGAAAAGCCCUUGGGCGGUAGCAGCAACUCGGAAUUCUGAGUUAGAGGACAGAAACUUCAGUGAGUUAAAAGAAUACAUUGUGAAUUUGUACCCCACAUUGGAAAGAGAACGGGAAAAACUGAGAGCAUACAUCAAGGAAGAAAGUGAGAAAAGAAAGAAAGCUAACUUAUUCAAAGAACAUAGAGCAAACUUCAGGAAGCUGACCCAAAACUCCAUCCCAGGUAAAGUCUUCAAACUUCUUUCACAGCUCAGUGACUCAGUUGGGCUCAUAGUUUGGGACAACAAUGGAAACAGGGGUAGUGCCACAUGCUUUGUUUUCAAAGGGAUGUACAUUUUCACUUGUCGACAUGUAAUAAAUGACAUUGUAGGGGAAGGCGUAGAGCCAAGUCAGUGGGCAGAUAUACUUAGUCAAUGUGUAAGAGUGACAUUUGAAUAUCAAGUGUUCCCCAUAAAAGAAGACAGCUAUUGCUCUGUUGAACCUUGGUUUGAGGUGUCUGAUGUAACUCUUGAUUAUGCUGUCCUGAAACUGAAAGGAAACAGACGGCAUAUUCCUACAGGACUCUGUAAUGGAACACCUUCUGAAUCAGUUAGUGGGUUUAUGUAUAUGAUUGGUCAUCCAGAUGGAAAAUACAAGGUUGUUGAUGGUUGUACUGUGGUACCUGAAAAUGAGCAAAGAAGGAAAUGUGAGGACAUUCAGGGAAGAGGAGCAGUGGAUUUCAGUGAUUCCAUGCAGUAUAUCUAUAUGUACACCCAAAGAAGUUUCCAGAAGAACAUCCAUGAUCCUGGUGUGGCUACCUGGGAUAAUACUUUUUAUUGUGGGUCUUCUGGAUCUCCUAUAUUUGAUGCUAGAGGAUCACUGGUAGCCAUGCACACUGCUGGCUUCAUUUUCCAUGGAUUCCCAUCUGCUCUGUCCAUGUGCUUCUAAAUGUGGGCUGCCCACUGGAGUGUGGUCUACCUACCAAAGCCUCACCCUUAAAGGAAACUGGCCCUUCCUUCCCUAGAAGCCAUCAACUGUCCACAGUUUUACAGGUAAAAUUGGGGCAGAGAUCAGUUAAUUCUAUUUCUGACAGAUUCCUGGGUUUACUUAGUAAUGAUACCUUUCUUAGUUAGGGUUCCUGUUGCUGUAAUAAAACAUCAUGAGCAAAAACAACUUGGAGGUGGGGAAGGGUUUAUUUCAGCUGAUAACGUGUAGUCCAUCAGUCAGGAAAGUCAAGGCAGGAACCUGGAGGCGAGAACUGCAGCAGAAACCAGGAGGGAAUGCUGCUUACCGGCUUGCUCUCAUGGUUGCUCAGUUUGCUUUCUUAUAUAACUCAGAACUGCUUGCCCAAAGGUGGCACUACCUGCAAUGGGCUGGGUCUUCCAGCUGUACCAACAGCUGAUUAAGAAACAGCAGCACAAGCUUGCCUACCUGCCAAACUUGUGGGGACAUUCUCUCAGGCAAGCUCCCCUCUUCCCAUAGGACUCGGGCUCAUAUGACAAUGACAAAGCACCAGCCAGCACACCACCUUUUUAGACCAUGAGAAAGAGGUCUGUUUCUGCAGUUUUGCCCUAAUGCUUAGCUCCUUAUCUGCCAUUUUCAUGACUUAGUCACACUGGUCUCUAGAGACGCAGGCUGUGUCUUUGUUUGUGGUGUGUCUCCAUUGCCUAGCAUAGUUUUAAUGCAUACAGAGGUAGUACACAGCAAAUAAUUCUCUAGAUGAGUCCUGGAAGUACAAUAAUAUUCUCUGAAACAGAGACAUAUCUACAUGUGCAUAAACGCUCUUUAUGCAUAGACACAAAACAGUAGUGAAUACACACGUGUGUUAAUUUGUACCUGGAUGGGAAAUACCAUAUCAACUAGAUAAUAUGUCUGCACAGUUUUUUUCUGUUGUUGUUGGUUUGUUUGUUUUCAGUUUUAUUUGUUUUUGUGUGUAUGGGUAUUUUGCCUGCAUGUAAGUCUAUGCAUCACAUGUGUAUCUGAUGUCCAUAAAAGCCAAAACAGGGCAUCAGAUCUUCUGGCACUGGUGUUACAGACAGUUGUGAGCUAUCAUGUAGGUCCUGGGAAUUCAACCCAGGUCCUCUUGAAGAGCAGGAAGUGCUCUUAACCACUAGGCUAUAUCUCCAGCCCAAAUUUCUUCUGCUUUUAAUCUUAAACAUGUCAUUUCUUUCUAAGUGUGCUUCAGUCAGGUCCUCUUCCCAACAAGGGGAGAUUCAUUACACAUUUAGAGCAAAAUCAAUCAAAUUUUACUAAAUUUUCUUGUCAGGGCACACAUACAUUCUUUCCUUUGAUGCCGCGUGUUUCAUAAAUGACUUUGUAAAUUUGAGUAGCUUAAGGUUCACUAUGCACUGUAAGUUUCUACAGGAUUUAGCAAGUGUGUAAUGUCACACAUUGGUCCUUAGAUUGCCACACAGAAGUUUGGUUGCCUAAAAGCCUGUGAUUUGUGUCUUUGUCUCAUCUCUCCCUCAACCAAUGUGAAUCAAAGACUUAUUGUGCUCACACUUUUAUCUAUUCCAGACUGCCAUAUUAUACAGAACCAUGUACUAUCAGAUGCUUUUGGGACUGACUCAUACGCCAUUAAAGUUUCUUCUGUAUUUUGUGGUUUUAUAGCUCAUUUCUGUUUGUCAUUGAUUAAUGUUGGAUGGAUUUAUCACACGUAAAAAUAUGUAUUCACCCUUUAAAAUCCCGUAGUUGCUUCCAGUUGCUGUGAUUAUUAAUACAAAGCCUAAAGACCUCUGUAUUUCUGGUUGUUUUAAUGAUAUAUAUCAAUACUAUUGACUAAAUACCAAUUAAAGGAUGUGAUUAAUGGAUUCUAUAUUAAAACAAUGUUUGACUUUGCAAAAA